AUGUACACAUACACAGAGAAUUUUCAUCUAUCCCAAAACGGCCCUCGUCGCGCCUUUCUUCCUCACGCCGAAGCUUCUGCCUUGCCCGUCUCGACGUCCAUGCACGUAAUUACUUCCGCAUCCGGCCAGUUUGUAAACACAGAUCCCUCACCUACUCAUAAAUUCUAUUCUAGCAAGAAUCAGAAACUACAACGUGUGUACGACGCUCUUCUCAACAUGUCGUUUUUCCGCUCGCCUAGGUCGCCUCGCAAGGCAGACUACGAGGUGGCAGAUAUCUCCCACUCAUUGGAGAACAUCUCUUUCUCAUCGAAUAUGAUGGAUGUCGAUUCUUCCUAUACCAAUGCUCACACACCACGCAAACCGCAGAACGAUAAAGAAAACAUCACUCCCGGAAACUCGCCAACAAAGCUGAUUGUGCACAAAUCUCCGUUGAGGCGCAAAUCGCUAGGCGCCAACACACAUGCACAGAACAUGAAACUUCACAACCACAUCUCGGAGCUUCAACCACCAAAUGCAUACCUCGGACCCGAUUUCCGGACCAAGGCCAACUCUGCAAAGACGAAGCGUCUCACAUCCGUGGCUCAGCUCUACUUCUUGGACUACUAUUGCGACAUGUUCGACUAUGUCAUUCUGAGACAGGAAAGGUGCAGAAUGGUCGAAGAUCGUCUCAGCAACGACCCGCAAUACGCGGCCAAUCCGCGCCGCCAACAAAUGGAGUGGAAGAAUUACGUCGGCCGUGAAAGAGCGUUUUUGCGUAAACGCAGACUAAAACCCAAACACAAGGACUUCGAGAUGAUCACCCAAGUUGGUCAGGGUGGAUAUGGCCAGGUAUUUCUUGCCCGCAAGAAAGACACCCGUGAGGUCUGUGCUCUCAAAAUCUUGAACAAGUCUCUUUUGCUCAAGCUAGAUGAGACAAGACACGUUUUGACCGAAAGAGACAUUCUUACCAACACUCGACUGGAAUGGUUGGUCAAAUUAUUAUACGCGUUCCAAGACGCAGAGAAGGUAUACUUGGCAAUGGAGUUUGUCCCCGGUGGUGACUUCAGAACGCUUCUUAACAACACUGGAUACUUGAUUCCUCCUCAUGCUCGGUUCUACAUCGCUGAGAUGUUUGCAGCGGUCAACUCGCUUCACGACUUGGGUUUCACACACCGUGAUUUGAAACCAGAAAACUUUUUGAUCGACUCAAAGGGCCACAUCAAGCUCACGGACUUUGGGCUUGCGGCUGGUACCGUUUCCAAAGAUAGAAUCGAGUCCAUGCGGUUGAAAUUGGCCAAUUUGCAGGAUAUAGAGGACUAUCAGGUGCCUUCAAAGUUAAUGUCUGAGCGUCAAAAACUCUUCAAGCAAUCCCAGGGUCACCACAACUUAGCCAACUCCAUUGUUGGAUCGCCCGACUACAUGGCUUUAGAGGUGCUUGAAGGAAAGAGCUAUGACUUUACUAUAGACUAUUGGUCCUUAGGCUGUAUGCUUUUUGAGGCUUUGUGUGGAUAUCCACCUUUCAGUGGAUCUAAACAAGACGAGACAUAUCACAAUCUCAAACACUGGAAGACGGCAUUGCGGAGACCACAGACCAGAGAUGGUAGAUAUGUUUUCAGUGACCGCACAUGGCAACUCAUAAUUCGUCUUAUUGCCUCCUCGUCGACCAGAUUGCGCAACUUCAAGCAGGUUCAACAGCAGCCUUAUUUCAGCGACAUUGACAACUGGGACACCUUGCGCACACGUUCGCCUCCUUUCACACCGCAGCUCGACAACGAAGAAGAUGCUGGCUAUUUUGACGACUUCGAGGACGAGCAAAGUAUGAUGAAAUACAAGGAUGUCUUUGCCAGACAAGAGCAAAAUGAAUCGCUUCUAGGCGGCGCUGGCGGGCUAGACCGGAAGGGGGCCAGCAAUUUCAUCGGCUUCACAUUCAAACAUAAGUCUGAUCCCAACAACAAAUUUCAAAACGGGGAGAUCAAUCUUUUGGGUGGUGCAGCCGGAGGAUUUGGCAGGAGACCACAAGGACCCACCAGAAGCAACUACUUGGACCCGUUGGCUACUCUUUAUUAA